AUGCCCGACGCCCUCCCCAAAUUCUGCGCCAAGUGCUUCGAAGGCACCCUCCGCGGCGACGUCGAGCCCGCCGGCUCCGUCGAAACCAUCCACGGCCUCCCCACUUAUGUCGCCCGCCCCGCCCCGCCCGCCGAACCCGUCGGCAUCGUCGUCAUCGCCCCCGACGCCUUUGGCUGGGAAUUUCGCAACAUGCGCGCCCUGGCCGACGCCUACGCGCAGAGGAUCCCCGCCGUCGUCCUCCUGCCAGACUUGAUGCAAGCCACGCGUCGCAUCGCCGCUCAUCCGCCCCCACACAGGCAACGCCUUCCCCUAGAAAUCCUCGCCCUCAGCGACGAAAUCGCCUCCCAAUCCACCUCCUUCCUCCGCCGCACCUUCAUCCUCCAGCCCAAACGCAUCGUCCUCACGGCAAUCCACUACCUCCCGUUCCUCACCUCCCUCCGCCCCUCCGCCAUCACCUCCCGCCUGGGAGCCUACCUCGCCAACCUGAAAUCCCAGCCCCCGCCCCCUUUGCCCGCGCAAGCCAACAUCGGCCUCGCGGGCUUUUGCUGGGGCGGCAAGUACGCCCUCCUCCUCUCCCACCCUUUCUCGUCGCCCUCGAUCGGCGCCAACCUCGUGGACGCCUCCUUCACUGCUCACCCGUCUCUUGUCUCCGUCCCCGCCGACCUCAGCCCUGUAGUUGUGCCGCUGAGCCUCGCCAUUGGCACCACCGACGAGUGGAUGAGCGCGUCCGACAUCCAGGAGUGUAGGCGGCUGCUCGAGGCUAGGAGCGACUGCGAGGUAAGACUGUACGAAGGCGCUACCCACGGGUUUGCCGUUCGUGGCAACCCUCACGACGAAAAACAGGCGAGGUUUGGCCUGCAGGCUGAGGACCAGGCUGUUGCGUGGUUUAGACAGCAUCUUGGCCCUGAGCUCGUGGCGAGGAGGCCGGAGUGA